AUGCAGAGACCAACCUAUGGGCCUGUCAAUAUCUUGCCACCAUCCGGAUCAGUCUCAACAACAACACGCCCACAGAAGGCAGGCGAUCCACCAUAUCAUUAUAACCGUCCCCGUACACCUUAUUUCAGCACCAGGAUAGUGGCCAACAUCACAGGGUAUGUGGAAUUGCCGCGGGUAGCUGCCAUGUCAGUACAGGACGUCAAGAACUUGAGAGACGCGCAUCAAAUUUACGUUCAAGGAAAGCAGAUUCCAAAGCCAGUCCUAUCCUUUGACGAUUGCCGCCUUCCUUCAAUAAUGCAUGCGAACCUUAUCGAGAACGGAUACAUUCAACCGCGCGGGGCUCAAAUGCAGGUCGUUCCAGCAGGUCUAUGUGGGCGGGACAUGAUCGUAUCGGCGGAAACAGGAGCAGGAAAGACAGCAGGGUUCUUGAUCCCUGUUUUGACUCAUGCCUACGGCCUGUCCCAGUUGCCAGGAGAAGCAAUGGAGGGUCCAUAUGCCCUGGUAUUGACGCCAACCCGAGAAUUGGCCAUCCAGAUCGAGGAGAUUAUUAAGUCCAUGGUCAAAGGCAUGCCCAAUAUGCGUACGGCAUCACUUAUAGGUGGCCAAGCCAUGGCGAACCAGGUUCACCGACUGAAGCAAAACAUCCAGGUCGCCAUCGCAACACCUGGGCGGUUGGUGGAUAUUCUAGCUAGGCAUGGUGAAAUAUCGUUCUCCAACGUGUUUUGCCUUGUCCUAGACGAGGUGGAUCUAAUGUUCAGUAUGGGCUUUCGGAAGCAAGUAGUACGAAUCCUCAAUGUCCUCCCGGAACCGCCCAGUGGAAGGCAGACCAUUAUGUGUUCAGCCACGAUCUCGAAACAGAUCGAACAGUUUACUGCGAAGCUAUUGCACAACGCCAUCAACAUCCGCAUUGGCGAUAUCAAGAAGAAGGUUCUCAAGGACGAUCAAUCCUGCGCCCGCAUCUCGAGCGUAUUUUCGCCAUCAUCGCAGAUCAAGCAAACAAUCCUCUGGGUCGAGAACGCCUCCAAGAUGAAGCAAUUGUUAUCGCUUCUUCAUGACCCUACUUAUUUUCGUCCGCCAGUCUUGAUUUUCGUCGAAUCUCGAGUGGGAGCUGAGCUUUUGGCUCAUGCGAUCCAAGUGAAAUGCCCUUCCAUUACCGCAGUAUCAAUGCACGGAGACAGGUCUCAUGACGAGCGAUCGGCCAUUAUAAAGUCGAUCUUGGAUGGCACCGUUCCUGUGGUUGUUGCAACGGGACUCCUGGCUCGAGGAUUGGAUCUUAAGGUUGCGACGGUUAUCAACUUUGACAUGGCUCCAUCCAUUCAGGAGUACGUCCACCGUGUGGGGAGAGCGAACCCUGACGCUGCAACCAAAGCCGCCGCUGGGAUCCGAAGAGGCCCAAAACUGGGCGGAAUGGCCUGGGCAAUCACGUUUAUCAACAACGACCAUUAUUCGCUCCUCGGCGAGUUUGCCAACAUGCUUCAUGGAUUGGCUUUUGAGCAAGUAACGCCGCUUCCGAUCCAAUUGAAGCAGCUCGUGGUCGCCACUCCUCCCAUGCAAAACUCUGGACAAACAUCGAGCCGAUCAGCUCAGAAGGGACCUGGUGCAGCAAAGACAUUCAAGUCCACUCCUCCAAAGCGCAAGGCUAACUCAUCUCAAUGCCAGCAGGGUCAGCAUAGAUAUUCGGGGCAAAGGGGCAAGAAGCGCAAGCGAGCCUAA